AUGAAACUCCAAGUCUUACUUGCAUUCGCCGUGGCUACUCUAGCUGCGGCCGGCUCUAUUGCCUGUCCUCCCAACCAUCCACUGACAGACUGGAGACCUGCUGGUCCCGAUGACGACCGAGCUCCCUGCCCUAUGCUUAAUGCCCUGGCGAACCAUGGCUACCUCCCACACAACGGUAAAGACAUCGGGGAAGAGACCAUUAUCCACGCAUUCGGGACAGCCCUGAACUUCGAAAAGUUCUUUUCUCGGACUCUUUUUAAAAACGCCUUGACUACGAACCUGAAUGCUACGACCUUCUCAUUAGCAAAUCUCAGUCGACACAAUAUCCUCGAACAUGAUGGUAGCUUGAGUCGCGGAGACUUUUACUUCGGAGACGAUCACAGCUUCAACCAAACCCUCUUCAACGAAACACGCUCCUACUGGCCAAAUGCCAAUAUCGACCCGCAAUCCGCAGCCAGAGCCCGCCAGGCCCGAGUCAACACGUCGAAUCGAACAAACCCCGAAUUUAAACUAGACGAUACGGGCAAAGGCAACAGUUUCGGCGAAUCGGCUGCGUAUCUCCUCGUACUUGGAAAUAAGACAACUGGCAUUGCUAGGAAAUCCUGGGUUGAGUUUCUUUUCGAAAACGAGAGGCUUCCGUAUGAGCUUGGCUGGGAGAGGGCUCAAGAGGCUAUCUCUUUGUCGGACUUUGGAAGUAUGGUUCAAAGGGUUAUGGAUGCUACGCAGUCUGCGAAGUAA